CGAAGCCACUCUAGACGGAUAUAAUGUUAUAGUUUCUGGUACAUGGAAUCUCAAUGACAUACAAAAUGAUCUUGAUUGGAUGAGAUAUUACGCACAGAAUAUCAGAGAUUUCGGAGGCUCAUUUACGCAAACACAAUCAGUCAUUGGAGGUGAAGCUACACUGUGGAGCACACGUGUGGAUGCGACGAAUAUAAUGUCACUAGCGUGGCCUAGAGGUGCUGCUACAGCUGAACGACUUUGGACGAAACACCUUGACAGCAUAGAAGAAUUCGGAAAGAGAUUGGACGAACUUCGAUGCAGAAUGCGCCAGAACGGCAUACCAGCUCACCCUGUUCUUGGUCCUGGUUUCUGUCCAUUUUAACGUGAACAAUUUGCGGAAUUCUACUGAAGAUUGUAAUUCACUUAUUUUUGUUUGAUAUCUGA